GCAGAAGCAAGUGGGUCCAGCUAAGAGGACAAGAUGAGCCAAGGACUUGGCUUCACAUUCGCUCUUCUGUCCCUCCUUGGUCCUGGUUCUGAGACCAUGGGAGUCCAGUUCUCUGGCUCUUCCUGGGUUCCAACUUCAGCUCAACCUAAAAAUCUGACCCCACUUCCAUGGACAGAACCUUCAGUGGCCACAUCUUGGGCAGGAGGUGAUGCUGUGUCCCAGCCAUUUUCCAAUUUCACCGGCUCCGUGAAUGACCGUGGAAUCUGCCAGUGCUCCGUCUCCCUGCCAGACACUACCUUCCCCGUGGUCAGAGUGGAACGCUUGGAAUUCACAGCUCAUGUCCUUUCCCAGAAGUUCGAGACAGAGCUCUCUAAGGUGAAGGAAUAUGUCCAGUUAAUCAGUGUCUAUGAAAAGAGACUCUUAAACUUAACUGUCCGAGUAGAGAUCAUGGAGAAGGACAGCAUUUCUUACACUGAACUGGACUUUGAACUGAUCAGGAUAGAAGUGAAGGAGAUGGAAAAACUGAUCAUACGGCUGAAGGAAAAUUUUGUUGGAAGCACAGAAAUUGUUGACCAGCUGGAAGUGGAGAUAAGGAAUAUGACUCUCCUGAUAGAGAAGUUGGAGACGUUAGACAAAAACAAUGUCCUUGUCAUUCGUCGAGAAAUUUUGGCGCUGAAGAAAAAGCUGAAGGAAUGUGAGACCUCUAAAAGUGAACACACUCCUCUUGUCCCUCCUCCUCCUGCCCCAGGAAGCUGUAAUCAUGGAGGUGUGGUGAAUGUCAGCAGGCCAUCUGUGGUUCAGCUCAACUGGAGAGGGUUUUCCUAUAAGUAUGGUGCCUGGGGUCGGGAUUAUUCUCCUGAACAUCCAAACAAAACACUGUACUGGGUAGCACCUUUGGAAACAAAUGGAAGGGCACUUCAAUAUUAUAGACUCUACAGCACAUUGGAUAACUUGCUGUUGUACACACAAAUUCGAGAAUCUCAGAUUAGCUCUGGCCAAGGUAGUGGUACGACAGUUUACAAGAACAACAUGUAUGUCAAUUGGUACAACACUGGGAGGAUUGCCAGGGUUAACCUGACCACCAAUGCAGUGGCUGUGGAUGUAUGGCUCCCUAACGCUGCCUAUAAUAACCGUUUUUCAUAUGCUAAUGUGGCUUGGCAAGAUAUUGACUUUGCUGUGGAUGAACAUGGACUGUGGGUGAUUUAUGCAACUGAAGCCAGCACUGGUAACAUAGUGAUAAGUCUACUCAAUGACACCUCGCUUGAGGUGCUAAACACUUGGGUUACCAAGCAGUAUAAGCCAUCUGUUUCUAGCACCUUCAUGGUAUGUGGGGUUCUUUAUGCCACCCGUACUUUAAAUACCAGAACAGAAGAGAUUUUUUACUACUAUGACACAAACACAAGAAAGGAAGGUAAUCUGGCCAUUUUAAUGCCAAAGAUGCAAGAAAGAGUGCAGAGCAUUAAUUACCACCCCUUUGACCAAAAACUUUAUGUGUAUAAUGAUGGCUACCUUCUCAAUUAUGAUCUUUUCUUCCAGCAGCAACCCAAGUAAAGUGUCUAGGUGUUGGAGUGAAAAAGAAAUAAAAUGUUUGUUGUAAAUGGUCUUCUCUCUUAUUUAGAUAUAUGCAGGAGUAUCUAGAAGUAUUUCUCUUUAAUGGUGAUAUUUAGGUACAGAAUCUUGCAUCACUGGAUACCUAGGAUAGUUGUCCUGAUCUGAUGAUGGGCUCUCUUGGGAGUCUUCUGCUUCUUGGGAUGCAUUAUCCAAUGGGAAUAAGACUCUUCAGGAUGAGAUUGUUAGAGGUGAAUGGGCAAAAUGAGUCCAACAGAACCUAUAGUAAGGAGGCUUAAAAAACUAUGAAAAAAAUUAGGGAAUUCGUAUAGAUUCUGUUGGUUCUUUGUACAAGAAAAUUUGCUCAAUGAACAGUUCUUGUUUAUUAUAGCCUCAAUACUUCUUCUAUGCCUAAAAAGAACCUGAGGCUUAAUAAGGCAGAUUAAUAUCUGAAGGUGCUCAAGUGACUAAAUCUUCAACUUUGUCUUCUCACUCACUCUUGGAAUAAUGCUUUGUAAAUACCAGCUAAGUAAACUGGUACUGGAAAAUGCUCUGAGUUUUCUGAAGAAAGAACCUCUUAUGCAUUAAAUUGUAUACUGCCUAUCAAUCUUGGAAGGAUCUUCAGAUGAGGCACUUGAUUUUUUUUCUCCUCUUUUCUACCAGUUUAAGAGUCAGCAGAACUCUUUACUUGUAAUUUAAUUUGAAAGGCACAGCAUAAGAAUCAGACUUACCAAUCAGUGCUCCCAACCUCUCUCUACUGCUGGCAUUUUUUUGGUAAACAACGACAGCAAUAAACAUUAGCCAGUUUUCUAUGGGAUAGGCAUAGGAUAAAAAUUAAUUUUCCUUUGUGACAUCAUGAACUUUUACUUAGAUGGUUCUGGGUUAUAAUAAAAUCAGAUGACAAAGAUAAAAUGGUAGCACUUAUGGUUAGAGAGUAAAUACUUGGGGCAUAUGUGAGAGUUGGAUCAAUUAUUUCAUGUAAUUUUUGUUUUUGUUUAAGUCUGGAACUUAUAAGACAAUGAAAAUUUAAUUUGUUCUAGGAAGAGAUGUCAAAAAUCUGUGUAGAGUAUCUGAUAAAUCAGUGCAUUAAUUGAAAAAUGUUGCAGGUUUAGGUGGGCUUAUACUUUUGGAUGGCUUUAUUUUCUGGUUUUAGCUAUUUUAUAUGAUGUUUAAAUCCUAAUCUUAGGAUUGUCUACUUCAAUGCUGUACUCCUCUUUUUUACAAAAAUGAUUAAAAUGUCCUUUGGAAAAAA